AAGGAAGACUAUUUUAACGUAUCAGCGAAAGCUUUCUUCUGGUUCUGGGUUCCUAAUUGAAAACCCUAACCCUCCUCACCAAUUGCGAAGAUCGUUCCUGCAAAAUGGCAAUUGCACGCACUGGAGUCUACGUGGAUGACUAUUUGGAGUAUGCUAGCACUUUGCCCGCUGAGCUUCAGAGGCUUCUCAAUACUGUGCGAGAACUUGAUGAACGAUCCCAAUCUAUGAUAAACCAGACUAGGCAGCAAACAAAGGUGUGUAUGGGGAUCUCAUCACAUGGCUCUAAGAAGGGUAACCAUGUCAGUGGCCAUCAUUAUAAUAACAAUCAUCAUGCAAAUGAGGAAGACGAGGCUGCGAUUGAGAAAUUGCGAAAGGAAAUCGAGGCCAAUCAGGAUAAUGCAUUGAACCUAUGUACUGAGAAAGUUUUGUUGGCACGGCAAGCAUAUGACUUGAUAGAUAGUCAUGUCAAACGUCUUGAUGAGGAUUUAAACAACUUUGCCGAAGAUCUGAAGCAAGAGGGGAAAAUACCACCGGAUGAACCAGCAAUUCUUCCCCCAUUGCCUAUAGUCCCUAAACCUGAAAAACGCAAGCCCUUAUAUGUAACACCACAGUCAAAGAGGCUUGAUUACAGGGAUAGAGACUGGGAUCGGGAGCAUGAUAGAGACUUUGAGCUAAUGCCUCCACCAGGUAGCCAUAAGAAGGAGUAUGUAACUCCUAUGGAGAUGGAUACACCUAUUGAUCCAAAUGAGCCAACAUACUGUGUUUGUCAUCAGGUGUCUUUUGGUGACAUGAUUGCUUGUGACAAUGAAAAUUGCCAAGGAGGAGAAUGGUUCCACUAUUCAUGUGUCGGCUUAACUCAAGAGACAAGGUUCAAGGGUAAAUGGUAUUGUCCAACUUGCAGAUUACUACCACAAUGCCAAUGAUAAAAGUUUGCUCUUAUCAAAUUGCAUUCUUAAAUAGUCAAUUGAUUCUUCAAUGAAUCUCCACUUCAUGAAUGCAUAAUUCUUUUAAGAUAUGUUGUGAUUAAUGGGGUUAGUGUUUGUUGCUAAUCCCCUUAAACCCAUAUUAACCCUCUUCCCCCAUCCUACUCAGACACGUGGGGUUUGAAUUAUAUUUGUCUUCUAGUAUAUUGCUUGGCCAUUUUAUUUUAGGCAGAGUCCAACUUGUCUCUGUCAUGCUAUGUAGUAUUAUUGUAUUGUAUAAAAGUCCUCUAGAACUUGGGAUACGUGAGUGAUUCUUUCUAGAUUUGAAUUUUGGGGUAUGUGAAAUGCUGAAGUAUAGUCCUGAAUAACUGUUACAAGAUAUAUAAAUAUGGCGCAAAAUUCAAUUUUUUGCACAUGA